AAACAAUAACUAAUCAUUAACUACCCUAUUUUGUGUACCUUAUUGUAAAGUGUUACCGAUGUCGGAGAGAAAAUUACUUUUAUUUUGAAAUGUCCAGUUAAGGCAGAAUGCGACACAGGAAGAUCCGCAUUACGACUGCUGGUGAAGUGUUGCCAUAACAGGCAAGUGGCUAACGCUAAUGUUUGCUAACUAAUUAGCAGAAUAGGUGUUGAUGUUUUGUGUGUGAGUGUUCCAGUCCGAACCAUGGAACAGUGUGCGUGUGUUGAGCGGGAGCUGGAGAAAGUGCUUCAUCGCUUUGUAAUGUACGGCCACCAGUCUGAGGAGAGGCUAGACGAGCUCCUGCGCAGUGUCUGCGAGAUACGAGGACAGCUAGUUGCUUUUGGAGUACAAGAUGCAGACUUAUCUGUCCUAUCCCAGACUAUGGCACAAUGUUGUAAGAAUAUCAAAGAAACUGUUCAGAUGCUAGCCUCCCGACAUAAGGACAUCCAUGGCAGUGUGUCAAAAGUGGGCAAAGCCAUUGACAGGAAUUUUGAUGCAGAGAUCAGUGCCGUGGUGGCUGAGACGGUGUGGGACACCCCUGAGAGACAGAAAUACCUGAGUGAGACCAUUGUGGAACACCUUUACAGACAAGGGAUGCUCAGUGUAGCAGAGGAUCUUUGUCAGGAGUCUGGUGUAGUUAUAGAUAUGAGUAUGAAGCAGCCUUUCCUGGAGCUGAACAGAAUCCUUGAAGCUCUGAGGAUGCAGGACCUCAGGCCGGCACUAGAGUGGGCUGUGACGAAUCGGCAGCGCCUUUUGGACCUGAACAGCAGUCUAGAGUUCAAGUUGCACCGCUUGUACUUUAUUAGCCUGCUCAGUGGGGGAAUCGGCAACCAAAUGGAGGCCCUGCAGUAUGCCAGGCACUUCCAGCCCUUUGCUUCUCAGCACCAGAGAGAUAUUCAGAUUCUGAUGGGUAGUCUGGUGUACCUGCGUCAUGGCAUUGAUAACUCUCCGUACCGCAGUCUGCUGGAGACAAAUCAGUGGGCCGAGAUCUGUAACAUCUUCACCAGGGAUGCCUGCGCUUUACUGGGUCUCUCUGUAGAGUCUCCACUCAGUGUUAGUUUUGCAUCAGGCUGUAUGGCCUUGCCAGUCCUAAUGAACAUCAAGCAGGUGAUCGAGCAGAGACAGUGCAGCGGAGUCUGGACGCACAAAGAUGAGCUGCCUAUUGAAAUCGACCUCGGGAAGAAGUGCUGGUACCACUCUGUGUUCGCCUGCCCGAUCCUCAGGCAGCAGACCUCGGAGAGCAAUCCUCCCAUGAAGCUCAUCUGUGGCCACGUCAUCUCCAGAGAUGCCCUUAACAAACUGACUAAUGCUGGAAAGUUGAAAUGUCCGUACUGCCCCAUGGAGCAGAAUCCGUCACACGCCAAGCAGAUCUACUUUUGAUACCGCACACUUUCUUCACGAGUAAGGCUGAAGUUCCCUGGAGCUCUUUGCAUUUCCAGGACCAUUUGCUCUGGCCCUUUUCCUCUGUCCCUGGCCUCUUGGCCUGUUAUUGUAAGCAUUAAGGUUUUAUCCCAGUGCUCCUUUGGACAGCCUUGGCCAUCCCGUAACCCAUCUAGGACCCUCCAACUUUGCGUAGUAUACAGAGUCCAGCGAGGGUGGUCCAACUACAACCUGUAGUAGAGUGAGGAGUCUGUCAAUAAUGAGAAAAACCUCACGAAGAAGCACCUACAAACGGUGCAUUCAUUGAAACUCAUUUGCAAAUGCCUGCAGAGUUAGAGGCUUAUCUUUUUAAAGUAAGUAAUACUUUAUAGUGUUUGUUUUUCUUGGCUUUAUGGACUGUUUGAGUUGGAUGACUGCUUCUUUUUUUCCUUCUUUUUUGUGACUGAAGCAGUUGAAUGAUUAUGGAUGGGUGAGUGUGGGUAAACGGUAUAGAUAGGCAGUUUCUGAUUUCAGAAUGGUAAUAAACUUCUAUUAUACAUGAGAAAAUCCACAGAAAAACCAACUGUGUUGAAGGUUUAUUAUUUGCUGGGGAAGGGAACUGUGGAGGUCUCUUGAAUUGAACUGUUGAUUGUGACCCAUUGCUCCUCCAUAAUGUAAUAAAGGCCUCACUGUUGGCUGAUGUAUCUGUUUGAUCAGUAAAACAAUUAACUCACAAUGGUGGAACAGUAUUUUUCCUUUUUUUUCUUUUUUUUUUCUUUGUGACUGACUGCACCAGCAAGAUUUUCCUCAU